UUCUCAUCCUAUGAGAAAUAUCUUAUAUAUGUAACAAGCACUGCUGCUGUUGUCAGUUUUCAUUAGGUUAGAGUCCAGAGUAGAGAGAGUGUCAGGAGACUGGAGAGCAGUAGAGGAGAGGGAGUGAUAGAGUAAGAGACAGCAAAGAAAAAGAAGCAACAGACGCAGAGUAGUAGUAUUGGUAGAAAUGUUGAACAUGAGGGAAAAGGACGCCGACGGUGCAGUAGUGCCAACAACGACGAUUGUGAUGGCGUUGAUGCUCUGCACAUUUAUAUCACCACCCAUGUUAAUGGGUGUUUCUGCUUCGCAGAGAACAAGAAUGAUGGUGCCAGAAACCCAAGAGCAGCACAGACGGAAUCUGCUUGCCAAUGGGCUUGCAUUGACUCCUCCCAUGGGGUGGAAUAGUUGGAAUCACUUCAACUGCAAAAUUGAUGAGAAAAUCAUCAAAGCAACCGCUGAUGCUCUGAUUUCCACCGGGCUCUCUAAACUUGGAUAUACCUACGUUAACAUUGAUGAUUGCUGGGCCGAAAUUGCUCGUGAUGACAAGGGUAAUCUAGCGCCCAAGAAAUCAACCUUUCCAUCAGGCAUUAAAUCUCUUGCGGAUUAUGUCCACAGUAAGGGUCUUAAGCUAGGAAUCUACUCAGAUGCAGGGUAUUUUACUUGCAGCAAAACAAUGCCUGGUUCACUUGGCCAUGAAGAACAAGAUGCCAACACAUUUGCUGCUUGGGGAAUUGAUUAUUUGAAGUAUGAUGACUGUUAUAAUGAUGGCUCAAAGCCAACUGCUGGAUAUCCUGUAAUGACCCGAGCUCUGAUGAAAGCAGGCCGUCCCAUAUUCUUUUCUCUUUGUGAUGGGGGAUAUAUGCACCCUGCUCUAUGGGGUGCUAAAGUAGGAAAUAGUUGGAGAACUACUAAAGACAUUUCCGAUACAUGGGAAAGUAUGGUCUCUAGAGCAGACAUGAACGAAGUUUAUGCUGAAUUUGCCAGACCUGGUGGUUGGAAUGAUCCCGACAUGCUUGAAGUGGGGAAUGGAGGAAUGACAAAAGAUGAAUAUGUAGUCCAUUUUAGCAUAUGGGCCAUUUCUAAGGCUCCCCUUCUUCUUGGUUGUGAUGUGAGGAAUAUCACAAAAGAGACAAUGGAGAUCGUUGCAAAUAAAGAAGUUAUCUCUGUAAACCAAGAUCCACUUGGUGUGCAAGCCAAAAAGGUCAGAAUGGAAGGAGAUCUUGAGGUUUGGGCUGGUCCGCUCUCAGGCUACAGAGUAGCUUUACUCCUUGUCAACCAAGGCCCUUCGCGAACUUCCAUUACAGCUAACUGGGAUGAUGUUGGAAUCCCCACAAACAGUGUUGUUGAAGCAAGAGACCUUUGGGAGCACAAGACAUUGAAGGCACGAUUUGUUGGAAACUUGACAGCCACCGUGGGCUCUCAUGCAUGCAAAAUGUAUGUUUUGAAGCCAGUCUCGUAACCAUGAGUUUAGUUGGAUUGGAAUGUUGAUGUUGCUGUUGAUCUGUCGACCGCCCAACUAUAUAUCUAAUGUCACGCUCAUGGUUUACUAUCCACGAGUUCCUAUUUGGCAUUUUCCCAAAACUUGAUUUCCAAUUAAUAAGAAUAUGGAAGAGGCAAAGCUCCUCUUCUCCACUGAUUUAUGUGUAUCUUCCCAUUUUCUGGUGGAUGGACAUAAGGAAUGAGUAAAUCUUACGCAAUGUGAUCUUUUUCUAUUUUGAGUCUA